AUGGCGGCGACGUCUUCCUCCCCCAGCCGUCUAUUCCCACCCGUUGUAAAUGCAUACUCGAACUGGGGACGAAUAAAGACCUUCGACCUCUGCGGUGCCAGCCGGGACGAGUGCUUGUAUGUCGUCGAGUCGCACACCGGCUUCAGCGGCAGAAAGCCGCUGGGUGCCAGACCAGGCCUCCUCCUGCACAGCGGAAUGAGCAGAAAGGACCCCGUCCUCGCCGCAGCGGGCAACGAAACCCCGGGCCGCUCCCUCAACCCGGACACCAUUGUUCUGUUACCGUGUCUCGACCCCAACGAGGAGGCAUCCACAAUGGCCAUUGAGAAAAUGCGCCUCGCUACCACGGCCGGCUCGCUGCGUUUCGCUAUCGAAGCGGGCGAGGAGAUGCGGCGCGAGGAGUUCGAGUGGCGGAAGAUCCGCAAGGGCGAAGACAACGCGGCUGCGUCCGGCGGAUUCAGACUCGUGCGGCUCUCGUCCCGCUCCCCGACGGCCCAAGCGCGCAGUGGCAGCAUGGCGGGUAACAGCACGCAGCUCUCCGCGUUGUCACCCGCAGCAGGUGGCUACGAGACGGUCGCCAUCCUUGCAUGGAGGAUGAAAUGGAUAGGCUCCACCCACGGCUUUUCGCUCUACCUGAUGGGCACCGAGAAGCUGGGCGACCGCUGGGCCUUGAUGACGGUGAUAACGGCACUGAGGCUCUUCUCGCUGCAUGUCAGUGGCAAACUGGUAUUGGGGUUGGAGGGUGCGCAGUUGGGACUGAAAGGGGUCUCGGCUGGGUUCAACAUAGCGGGGUCUCUGUAG